AUGGAUCAUCUGCAGCCCUUCACAUUCUCAGGCGCUAGACCUUCCCAUUCAGAACCCACCUCCAAGGCGGCUCCGCUUGACCGGCCGUCCUUCACAUUCAUCGACCACGACGAUGACUUGACCUCGAAAAGAAUCAAGGAUGUUAAUGCUCGCAAGGCGAUCCGUUCCCAUGUGAUGCGCGAUGUGCGCCGACGAGAGAGACUUGCUGGAACAAAACGAACCUCCAAAAGGGAGGGUCGUGGACAACCGACCACCACAAAAUCACAGUGCAAUACUGUGGAAGACUCGGAAGAGCGGCGAUUGGUCUUAAGAAAUCCAUCACAAUCAUUGACUACAACAACGAUCGAAGCCAGCAUAGUAGGAACCUGUUUCAGCCCAAGGAGUCGACUCGGGCGAGAUCGACCACCGCGAUGGACGGCCGCCCCAGUACAGUGCCAUUUUAAUCCGAAUCCACGGUCCUUACCCACGGCAUGGUUCUUUGAUCCUUUUUGCUCACUACCAGGUGCAGACGAGCUCCCAUCAAGAGUUGCGCAUCUAAUUUAUUACUGGAAAACGGUUUUCGUUCCAAUGACUUUUCCAAGUGGCCUCGUGGGGUCUGAGAUUCCCGAAUUAGACCUAAUGGUUCGAUCAUCUUUCUCUGAUCCGGGUAGUUUCUUUGGCCUCAUGAGCAUGUGUGCAGCACAUCGAGCUGCUCUGGGCGUGAACCACCUCGAUGCCUUAGAAGCGACAGGGGAUCGUAACCGGGUUGGUAAUGACACCGACUACUGUAUUAUGAAAGCAAAAUCCAUGCGAGAGAUGACUGUCAAAUGCCACAGCCUCGAGCUCUCGACCACCAACGAGGCCUUCGAUACCAUUGUCAAUCUCCUCACCGGCGCACUGAUCGCAGGUCUAUUUGAUGAGGCUAGAAUCCACCUGACUGGCCUGAAGCGCAUGGUAGAACUUAGGGGAGGUCUCAUGCAUCAGAGCAUCAGCUCCUCGUCAAUAUUGUCGGCUAUUAUAACCGGAUUCGACCCCCCUGAAUCGUCACCUAUCCGACGGCUUGGCUCCGGAUUUUGGGCAAAUACCCUCUUGAGUCCAGCCUUGUUGCGUAUCUUGAAUGUAGCACGCGACAUAAUCUUCUACAGUAUCAGUGUCCAUCUUGCGCCCCAUGCCAUUCUUCAAAGUGAUCAUGAUUUCUUCCGAGUUCUAAAUUGCGAAACCGAACAUCAACUACUCAGCUAUGUCUAUGAUAACGGGGCAGAUAAUAACCAGAAAGAACCCGAAAUCUAUCCGAUUGAAGCUGUCACCCGUGUUGCAUCAAUUUGCUUUCUCAAUUACUUUCUCAUUGUCUCUCCUCCUUCCUCGGGCCUUGGUCGAGCCCUUACAAGACAUCUCAUGAAAGCAGUGAACAACUGUAAACUUACACUGCUCAUGGAGCUCCCGAAGGAGAAUUUCGGAUUAUAUGCCUGGGCUUUAUUCAUUGGGGCUCAAGGAUCUCUCGGCCAGAACGAGCGACCAUGGUUUGUAGAGCGGCUGGCCCGUGUUGCCAUCCUUUGUGAAUGGCAAUCUUGGGAGCAAGUCUCUCGGCUUUUAACAGAUUAUUUCUACAUUGCAGUCGCACAGGGACCAGGUUGGCAAGCUGUGUGGGAUGAGGCGAUGGCAGGAUUUGUGAUUGCGGAUGAAGCAUGA